AUGGACAUACGAAAGUGGCUAGACGAGACAGUGCAACCGGAAGCACCGCGCGAGCCCAAUAACCUUCAUCAGACCGCAGAGCCUGCUAAACGGAAGCGCCGCCGCAGAUCAGACAGCUCCCUCCUCGAUCCCCGUCCGCCUGCAUCCUCUCCGCAUAAGCCAGCGGAGGAUAGUGCUGACGAGGCGCUCCAGGCGACAUGCAGCGACAGCUCUAGCAGCAGCCGAUAUGCGCGCAAACCUCGUAGAAAGACGCGUCCAGAGCGGUAUGAGCCACAGUACGCGCCAGGUCCCCAUGCCCAUCGCGAUCGUAAGGACAAAUCAAAGAAGUCGCGACGCAAGCCUCGACGCAAGAAGGGCGAGAAGGCACCUGGUGUUAUGCAGACCUUCCAGGCCACGAACAUAUCUGGGGAUCGGCUGACUCUAGGCCUUUUCAACAAGGGACGGACAUCUACUGCAAUCAAGGGCCGCGGGUUGCCCGAUCUGGUCUUCUCGGAAAUGAAGUUUCUGCAGCAGCACAAAGACGAACCAGAACCUGUCCCUCGAACCGAAGCGUCCAAAAAGAAACGCAAGAAGGACAAUGAACAGAUGAAGGAAGGAGAGAUCUCCGCUUUCUUUACCUCUGCGCGACCGGCAUUAGUCGACAAGGACACAAAUACCCUACCGCAGCAUCCUGUACCAAAAGCUAAGCGGCGUCGUCGUGAUCAAUCUUCGGCAGAUGACACUGCUAUCCCAACUGUUGAAGCUACAGGCCAAGCCUCCCCGACCUCCCCCAGUGACGAAGCAAAGAACCGAUAG